AUGGACGAGAUAAAAGACGUUGAAUCUCCAUACCCGCAAAUGCUGCCAUCUGCUUCACGCUUCGCUAAAUGCAUGACCGAGCUGGGCCUUCAUCCGGACGAUAUCCUGGUGGUCUACGAUACACUGGAGGUGGGACUGUACUCCUCGCCUCGCGUGGCAUGGGCCUGUCGCCACUUUGGACAGCGAGACGUGCACGUCUUGAACAACUUUCCGCGCUACGUCAGAGACGGAUUCCCUGUUGCUACGGGCCCUUUGGCUGUACUUCCCCGUUGUCAGCCGGACUAUCCCGUCAACGAGCAAGAUCCAAGGGAGGUAAUAUCCUACGACGAGCUACACGACCUCGUUCUGUCAAACAAGAUAAACGAGGAAACCCAGAUAAUCGACGCUAGAAUUCCCGGUCGGUUUUCCGGAGCUGAUCCUGAGCUCAAUCCGUCCCUGCGGUCAGGCCACAUGCCUUCGGCGCUGAACGUCCCACUGGCGUCGAUCCUCGGGGAGGACAAGGUUAUACUGUCGCCAGAGGAGCUGAAGAGCCGGUUCCGAACGGCAGGAGUAGACGGGCGACGACCUGUGAUUCUAACGUGUAAUUCCGGUGUGACUGCGGCCGCGUUGGACCUGGCGUUGCAGCUGAGUGGGUAUGAGAUGGAGCGCAGGCUGUACGAUGGGAGCUGGAUGGAGUGGACGCGACGCGCAGAGGACGAUUUGGUUACAGUUUCUGAAUAG